CAACAAGCUCUGCGUGAGCAAUUGCCAUUGUUCCACAUCCAUUAUUCUUUCAAACGGGGCAAUAAAUCGUCCCCAUAAUAACAACUUGUGCUUUAUUAAACAGGACAUUGCGCGUUUAUAUUAGUUUCUAUGACGGUGGCCUUACCACGAUGAACAAAGCUUGCAGAAAUUACCUUAUAUUUUUAACAUUAUCAGUAUUGUUCCCUCCAAAUUUAUCACAAACAUCUAAUCAUAUAGAAAUACUGGAAUGUGGAAUUUCGAAAGAAGAUAGUGAAGCCAUAGUAAAUGGUCAUAAUGAGUAUCGAAAACUUAUAGCAAAAGGAAAAGUUUUGGGUCAACCACGAGGUAUUAAUUUGAAAAAAAUGCAAUGGGAUCAGCAUUUGGCUGAUGAAGCAGAUAAAAUAGCCAAAUUAGCAACUUUUGCGCAUAAGAAAGUUUUCGAUGAGCGUUGGUUAUAUGUUGGACAAAACUUACAUAUGCACUCAAGUAGCAAAAACUCUACUGGAACAAAUUGGGAAAGAUGUUUAGCUUCUUGGUUUGUUGAACAUAAACAAUAUAAUUAUGGCCCGAUAAUUCUUCGUGAUAAAACCGGUCACUACACACAAAUGGUUUGGGCUAAUACUGAAUACGUAGGUUGCGGAUUUUGUUUUUUCAAAAACGACAGCAAGACCUCGAUGCCAUUUCACAAACUGUACGUCUGCAAUUACGGCCCAGCUGGAAACUUCAUUGGUCAAGUUCCGUACGAAACAGGAUCAGAGGGAUGUGAAGAAUUAUGUUAAAGCUUAUUAUCAUUAAUUAAACAACUAAAUAUAAAUAAAGUAUCUUUGAAAUCGUUUUUCGCUAAUAAAAAAGGUGUUGUAAAUGUAUAGAUAUUUGAAUAAAUAAAUCUUUUAGAAUUUA